AUGCGUUGUAUGAAGUUUCCGAAUAAAUGGACCGCGUGGACAUCCCGUAGUUUAUCGUCAACGGCCACAGCUGUUCUGGUGAAUGGCACCCUGGUUGAUCGUAUUUCGCCAUAUCUAUUCCUUAUUGUCGUAGAAUGUUUGAAGCGCAUUUUAGAUAAAUCAAGGCAUUUGGGCUUCACGCAAGGUUUUAGUUAUUCAGCUAAUCACGAGCCUAUUUUGAUGUUGUCAUUUGCGGAUGACACUAUUCUUUACCUACCUUUUGAUAUUGAGCAGCUAGGGAACUUAACACGGAUUCUUCAUUGUUUCGAGUUGAUUUCGGGCUUAACGAUUAAUUUCCAUAAAAGCUAUAUUAUGGGUAUUAAUGUUAAUGAGGCAUAUUUAUUAUUGGCGUUGCAAAAAGUCGGGUGCAAGAUUGAUUCUUUUUCUAUUAAAUAUUUUGGUCUUCUUCUGUCUAAUAGAAAGCUUGCUUAUGGCUCGUGGGAUCAUGUGGUCGAAGCGGUUCAGAAACAACUAGAAUCAUACAUGAUGCGUUUUUUGUUGAAGGGAGAUAUUUCUAACUGUAUUCUAAGUAAGAAAAUAUUAGUUGUUGCGGAACACAACUGCUAUGAUUUUCAACCCGGCUUCAUUUUGUCGUUUUAUCGCGAUUUUAUGAAUAAUGCAGUUGUUAUUAAUGGUUCAAGGCAAGGAGUGACUGCUUCUUUUGGAGGAGCUGCUAGGCCUGGGCGUUUUUCAUAUGCCUAG